AUGACAAAGGGAGUGAACUGCCUGCUUGGCUGCACUCCCAGCAGCUCCAAAUCUCUGACAAACCAUGGCUCCCACAUGAGCCAGCAGGAAGUGCUGGAGAACUCCGGCCAGCAGCAGCCCUCCUCGCUACUGCCUUCUGCCCUGCAGAAAAGCCAGAGAGCUAGACAUCGAGGUGGAAGGAAAGCCUUCGACAGGCGCGAGGAGAGCCCAUUGCAGCCCUCCACUCGACAGAGCCCCGGCUCAGACAGCUAG